AUGGUACGUACUGUGCAUGGGAUGCCGGGAGAAAUGAAAACAAGACGCGGGGCUAACGAAGCAACACCACAGGCCGAAGAACAGAAGAUCACGAACUGGGUCGCCCCAAAUGAUAAAAGUGGCGAAUUUAAGAGAGGACAAUCGCAAUUCAGGAAUUGGAUUAAGAAGGGGGGAGAAUUCCCACCAGAGAAAGGAAGAUACCACCUCUAUGUCUCCUACGCUUGUCCCUGGGCCCACCGCACGCUCAUCGUACGCAAACUCAAAGGCCUCGAAGAUUUUAUUCCGUAUACCGCGGUACAUUGGCACAUGGGGGAAAGGGGAUGGCGGUUCGCAACACCAGAAGACAAGGAUGCACCAGGCGAUAAUGUAACUGCGGAUCCGGUAAAAGGACAUGAAGGAUAUACUCACUUGAGAAAUCUUUAUUUCCAGGUUGAUCCGGAAUAUAAGGGUCGAUUUACUGUCCCGACCCUGUAUGAUGUCAAGCAGGGGAAGAUUGUCAGCAAUGAGAGUAGUGAGAUUAUUAGGAUGCUUUACACAGAGUUCGACGAUUUGAUCGACGAGAAAUACCGCAAUGUAGUCCUGUUUCCCGAAAAUCUUCAAAAAGACAUCGACGCUACAAAUGAGUGGACGUACAACGACAUCAACAACGGCGUCUACAGAUCUGGUUUUGCCACCACCGAAGAAGCAUAUAGCAAAGCCGUCACUCAACUCUUCUCCUCCCUCGACCGGGUCGAGAAACACCUCACCGAGUCCGCAGGACCAUACUACUUUGGCAAGAAUAUCACCGAAGCGGAUGUCCGACUUUUCACAACAAUCGUGCGCUUCGAUGCCGUUUACGUCCAGCAUUUCAAGACAAACAUCCGGGAUAUUCGCUCCGGAUACCCGCAUAUUCACAAAUGGUUGAGACAUCUCUACUGGAAUGUUCCGGCGUUCAAGGAUACGACCGAGUUUACGCAUAUUAAACGCCAUUAUACUAAGAGCCAUACGAAUAUCAACCCGUACAGCAUCACACCCCUUGGUCCCGAGCCACCGAUUCUGAAGGAGGAUGAGGAGGUUCCGGCUGUGAAGUAUGCGCUGGCGCUGGCAGGGAAGAAGUAA